UGGACCUGGGACCAGGAGGAAACGCGGGCUAAGUGAAACUGUUGCAGUCCCGGCCCCGGUCAGCCCCGCCCGGCGCGAGCUCUGUCCGUCCGUCCGUCCCGCCGCUGCCGGCACUCCUGGGCAUCCCGAAAAGUCGGCAGGAGAAUCGACCUCCCUUUCUCCAGUGUUGGGAACUUUCUGCCUGUCCAUGCCUCCAAUCCUCACCCUUUCCACCCGACUACACGCGCCUGGACCUAAUCUGGGAUAAUUCUUGGCUGGGCCCAGGUUGGGGGUGACAUGGGGAGCUCAGCUUCCUCGUUGGCUGCAGAGACGGAAUCAGACCACGGCUUCACUAGCCCAUCCUAUCCCGGGCACCCGGCUACAGGCUGGUAUAGGAGUAGCCACAGUGGUCCUGUGUGGGAAAGUGCCCUAAUAACUCGGCAGCAUCAGCACUUACAUCCCAGGGCACGAAGGAAUAUAAUUUUUUUCCCCCUGAGGACUGCUUUAGCUGCAACCCAGAAAUUUUGCCACACCCAUUCGCCUGGUUCUAUGGCCGCAGUCCGGGAGUGGUCCUGUACCCGGUGCACUUUCCUGAACCCUGCCGGCCAACGCCAGUGUUCCAUCUGUGAGGCCCCCCGACAGAAGCCUGACCUUAACCACAUACUGAGGCUCAGCGUGGAAGAGCAGAAAUGGCCCUGUGCCCGCUGCACCUUCAGAAACUUUCUGGGCAAAGAGAACUGCGAGGUAUGCGGCUUUACUCCAGACGCUCUGCCAGGAACGUCCCCACUACCCGUCAUCAAUGGGGUACUCCCUAAACCCCCCACAAUCUUAGUGGAGCCCAAGGGGAGCUGCAAAGAGGAGGCAGUGCUAAAGGUGGAGGCUGGCGAAUCAGGAGGAAAAAGCCCUGAGGAAGUGGAGCCACAGAACGGGUGGGCCUGUCAGCGAUGCACCCUCCACAACACUCCCGUCGCCAACUCCUGCUCUGCCUGCGGAGGCCCACGAAAACUCUCGCUGCCCAAGAUCCCCCCAGAGGCCCUGGUGGUCCCUGAGGUCAUCACUCCUGCCGGCUUCCAUGUUGCCCCUUCCACUCCACAACCCAGCCUGCCCACAGAUCUCCCUGAGGCUGACCCCACCUCAGCUAACCAAGAUCCAGCCGCUGCAGAGCAAGAGCUCCCCAAAAUGCCGCCAUUCAGUCCCUUUUCCCCUACCCUGCAGAACAAUCCAGUCCCUAGAAGCCGCCGGGAGGUGCCUCCCCAGCUACAGCCACCGGUGCCUGAGGCUUCCCAGCCCACAGCAACCCCUGGCCCCAAGGGAUCCCCCCAGGGGCAAGUCCGAGCACCCACCACCACCCGCUUCCAAGAAAUCCUGUCUGCGAAGAGGCUGAGCGUGCUGGAGGAGGAGGCAGAAGCCAGCCCACCUCUUUGGAGCUGUAGCGCCUGCUCCCUGCGUAAUCCUUCAGGCACCUCUAGGUGCGAGAACUGUGGUGCCCUUCAGGGCAGUGACGUCAUUGACCUGACUGGGGACACUGUCCGGUUCACCCCUGCUAGCCCCUCCAGCCCUGACUUCACCACCUGGUCGUGCGCCAGAUGCACCCUCAAGAACCCCACCGUGGCCCAGAAGUGCAAGGUCUGUGGCUCCUCCAAGCUGCAUGGCUUCCAGGAGCACGGCAGCGGGGCCUGCGCAGCGGAGCCGGCUGCCCGCUGCCCAGACUGCAGCGCCGACAAGCCUGGGGACUGCUGCUGUAGCCGGGCCCCCUCUGCUCAUAAGGCCGCCCGGCUCUUCCCCUCACAGCCCCCUCCGCUCCCUGAGUGGGCCUGCCCGGCCUGCACCCUCCUCAACGAGGUGAAGGCCAAGAACUGUGCUGCCUGCCACACCCCACAGGGCUGCGUGACCCAGCGCAAAGGAGCCAAGCCCCUGACGCGCAGGGAGAGCAUGCACGUGGAGAAGCGGAGACAGACGGACGAAGGCGAGGCCAAGGCUCUGUGGGAAAACAUCGUUACCUUCUGCCAGGAGAACAAAGUGAACUUUGUGGAUGACAGCUUUCCCCCUGGUCCUCAGUCUGUGGGCUUCCCUGAAGGGGACAGUGUCCAGCAGCGGGUAAAGCAGUGGUUACGACCUCAUGAAAUCAACUGUAGCAUUUUCAAGGACCAGACAGUCGGAUGGUCAGUGUUCCGGACACCUCGGCCCUCCGACAUCCUGCAGGGGCUCCUAGGGAACUGUUGGUUUCUCAGUGCCCUGGCAGUGUUGGCUGAGCGCCCAGAGCUGGUGGAGCGGGUGAUGAUCACCCGUACUCUCUGUCCAGAAGGGGCAUACCAGGUUCGGCUAUGCAAGGAUGGCACAUGGACCACAGUGCUGGUUGAUGAUAUGCUGCCCUGUGACGAGUGUGGGUACCUUCUCUUCUCUCAGGCCCAGCGGAAACAGUUGUGGGUUGCUCUCAUGGAGAAGGCUCUGGCCAAGCUGCAUGGCUCGUACUUUGCCCUCCAAGCGGGGCGUGCCAUCGAAGGCCUGGCCACACUCACUGGUGCCCCCUGCGAGAGUCUGAUGCUGCAGGUCAGCUCCACUAACCCCCGGGAGGAGCCCAUUGACACUGACCUCAUCUGGGCCAAAAUGCUGAGUUCUAAGGAGGCUGGGUUCCUUAUGGGUGCUUCUUGCGGAGGGGGUAACAUGAAGGUAGAUGAUGCAGCCUACGAGAGCAUGGGACUCCGCCCCCGCCAUGCCUACUCCAUUCUGGAUGUCCGAGAUGUCCAAGGCUUCAGGCUUCUCCGACUUCGGAACCCUUGGGGACGAUUCUCCUGGAAUGGCAGCUGGUCAGAUGAAUGGCCUCACUGGCCUGGGCACCUGCGCCAUGAUCUGAUGCCCCAUGGCAGCAGUGAGGGGGUCUUCUGGAUGGAGUACAGUGACUUCAUGAGGUACUUUGAUUCUGUUGAUAUUUGCAAGAUCCACUCAGACUGGCAUGAAGUACGGGUGCAGGGUAUCUUCCCCAAUAAGGCAAGCAGGCCUAUCAUGGUGACCUCCCUGACUGUGCUAGAACGAGCCACCCUGGAGUUUGCUCUCUUCCAGGAGGGGAGCAGACGGUCAGACACUGUUGACAGCCAUCUCCUGGACCUCUGCAUCAUGGUGUUCCGAGCAACCUUCAGCAGCGGGAAUAAGCUGAGCCUGGGCCGACUGCUGGCCCACAGCAAACGGGCAGUGAAGAAGUUUGUGAACUGUGACGUGAUGCUGGAGCCAGGGGAGUAUGCCGUUGUGUGCUGUGCCUUCAACCACUGGAGCCCCGCCUCAACCGCUCAGGUUUCCAGCCCGACAGGAGGAGUAGGGCGCAGUGCCCCAGAACCUCCUGGGCACAUAUUGGCUAUCUACAGCUCGAGACUGGUCAUGGUGGAGCAGAUUGAAGCCCAGCCCACCACUCUGGCCGACGCCAUCAUCCUCCUGACUGAGAACAAGGGCGAAAGGCAUGAGGGCCGGGAGGGCAUGACCUGCUACUACCUGACACACGGCUGGGCAGGCCUGAUUGUGGUCGUAGAGAACCGUCAUCCCAAGUCCUACCUGCACGUGCAAUGUGACUGUACCGACAGCUUCAAUGUAGUCUCCACCCGAGGCAGCCUCAAGACCCAGGACAGCGUCCCACCCCUGCACAGGCAGGUGCUGGUGAUCCUAUCCCAGCUGGAGGGGAACGCCGGCUUCUCCAUCACACACCGCCUGGCUCAUCGAAAGGCUGCCCAGGCCUUCCUCAACGAUUGGAUGUCCACCAAAGGGACCCACAAUCCUCUGCUCACACCUGAGGUUGCUGGGCUCCACGGUCCCCGGCCCCUAUGACCCAUGUUCUGCCCUUCUAGGGGCAUCUCACUUUCCUCUCCCCAUCCCAGCCUCUCCUCGCUUCAUGCCUUCCCAGUUUGUUGAGGUUCUCAGCCCCUUCUGCUCUUCAGGGUAGCAGAACCCACCAAUCUCCUGACCUCUCUCUGUGUUCCCGUUCCCUCACCCACAGCCACUCCCUCGUCUUCUUGAUUACUCUAAGGGUUCUUCUGGAGUCUCUGCCUUGGAGCCAGCACACCUGAAGUGAAGUCCCAUGCCCUGGGUCUUUCUUUCCUAUUUCUGCCCUAGGGUGGAUUGGGAAAGAUCAGACUAACUGGGCUUGGGAUUCCUAUCACUUCCCCUCCCCCUAGUUGCAUGCACUUUAUGAGGGAGACUCGGAAGAUGUAGGGGGCAGGGACUUAACAAUGCUUGAACCUUAGAAAUCUCAGGAUCCCCACCCAAGGGACAUAGUCCUGUAGCCUGAAGUGGGCAUUACCAGCCUCCUGAUUCUGACAUCCUCCUGCUUAUCGAGUGGAGAGCUGAAGGUGGCUGGCCCCAGCGGCGUGACGUGGUGGUGAGCCCUCAUGGUCCAGGAUCCAGCCGUGGCAUCAGCUUCUGCAAAACAAAAUACCUCUCACGAAGACUCUGCUUGUCUCCACUGUGGCCAGUCCCUGGGACGCUGCUGGAGAUCCAGAUAGGGGCAGAAAAGAGGGUAUAAGGGUUGGGGAUCAAGAGUGGGUUGGAGGAAUAUCCCUCCGAGCCCUUCUUCUAGUUUCUUCUAUCAUGGGAAUUUGGGGGUCCUUCCCCUUGAAAAUUUUAGCCAGGAUUUCAAACCACAAAAACCAAAAUAACUCUUGGGGGCAGGAUUGGAGGCAUUUCAGUGUUUAUGGAAGGAAGGCUUCCAGUGGAGCUACCUGGCUCAGAGCUUUCAGGUCCAAGUUCACCUCUUCCUUCCUCUUCCCUGGUUCAUCUCCUUUCAGGGAUACAGCAGCCAUCUCCUUCUUCCCACUUGCCAGCCUUACCCAGGUAAUAGGGACCCAGUUUGAGGGACUAGGGUCCUGAAGGAUCCUGGUUUUUCACAUGCUCUGUGAGGAAGGUUUGUCAGCAGCUGAGCAGGAAGACAAGCUAGGCCCAGAACUGUGUUGUGGAGCUUUUAGUAAAACAGAACAAAAUUAUGUCUAAAGGAGAUGGGAAUAAAAAUGGGGAGUCCAAAGGCCUGGAUUUCAACAGAAGGUCCUCUCUCGCCUCUCCUCAUGACCCCUUCCCCUCCCAUUCCCACCAAUGAUACUAUGCAACUCCUGGAGAGAGCAGUGCUAGGAUAGAAGCCAUGCCCUGAGGGUGGAGAGACAGGGCCUCCCUUCUGCUCCCACUUUCCCUGGGGUGGGAAGAGGCUGCAAUGGCAGGGAAUUUCACUUUGGCCCCUUUGUGGUAGUUUUAACUAUUCUGUGUCCAGUGUGGCCUAGGAUAGGAGUAGGAGGGAAAAUGCCCAUAGGAUCCCUAAGUGGCCACCUUGCCAAUGGCAGAUCAUUUUGUUUUUAAUGAAAUUCCUUCUCGAACCUUUAAGCAAACUCUUCUGCCUUGUGAGCUCAGGAUGUUAGGGCUGACAAGUUUGUUCUGACCUCCUGGGGAAAGGGUUGGGAUGGAGUGGGAGAUCUGUCUCGUUUGGGGAGGAGACCAGUAGUCUCACUUCUCUUGCCCCAGAGGCUCUUGAUGUGAUGGAUACCUGUUCAGUGUGGCCCUGGGAACUCAACUGGGAUCAGUGAGUUCCAGCCCAUCCCAGGCUUUCCCUCCCAGCCCCCAGCAUUGGCUGCCCAGGCCUGCAGCCACUAGUGCCCGGCCUGUCUCCAACUCAGAACAACCUACCAUCCCAGAGUAUCAGGGCCAUCAUUGUCCUAACCCCCAUUCUGGUUCCUAGAGGGUUUAGAGGGCUCUAGAAACCCAUCUCCCUUUUAGAAACACAAAACAGAUAGGGCCACCAGUCCCAUGAGGUUUAAAGUUUUGUACUAAGUAAAACUAGCACUUGUGAAAACUAGGAUCCCUCCCCUCCAUGACUCCAUAGGUGCUAAGUUUUUAAACCCAGGGCCCGCUCUGGGCAUUGUACCCCAGCAGCAGGGGUAAGGGAAAGUCCAGUUUGAGUCAUUGUUCCCACUUGGCUCUGGCUCCAACUGAGACCAGCCAGCCUGGCGUCCUGUUGGGCAGGGGCCUGAUUUAGUGCCAGGCUCAACAAAGACUUCAGAAUAAUAAUUCAGGUUUCAGAAAAGUACUAAAUAGAAGCAUGUCACAGUGUAGCAUAGCUCCCAGCUUCACGCAUUUGGAUAUCCCCCAGAUCAAAUCCCAAUCCCAUCUUCACCAGCUAGCCACUCCCAGCAGCCAAUCCCAAUGUCAGGUGGUUAGCCUGGUACACACGUUAGUCUCGUCCCCAGCAUCCAUUUUGCAGAGGGCCUCUUGCUAUCAUUAGGUUGCCAAAAUCCUCUUUCAUAUAUUCAAGCCCCAGCUCUUUUCGGAAGCGCAGGGUGAAAAUCCAGCCUCUGGGGUGGGAGUGGGGAUAGAGCCUCAGACUCGGGGCCCAGGUGGUUGGUAGUGCCCCAGCAAUUGCUUUCCCCACCACCCUCCCUAUUCCUGUCCCCCCCCAGAUGUACCCUUUCCCUCCAGCAUUCCCUGUGCCCCCAGUACCAGAGUGGGGUGCAGCAGUGGGAUGUUGAAUUCUUUGGUGUCUGUUUUGUGAAUGUCUGAGCCCGGGCUCCCUGCAGGAGGGAAGAAUGGGAAGGAAGCUCACCAAUCCCAGGUGCUCCUGCCCCCGGCCCUCCCGCAGGACCCCACCUCUGCACUGCCUCAUCAGACCUGCUGCCCCCGUCCCCUGGCAGCGGGGAGCCAAGCUCAUCCAACCCUUUGUUUCUGUGGUUCCCUUUUUUUAAAAAAAAUCUGUCAAAAAUACCUAAAACACUAUAAUCUGCCCUUCCUUUUCUCCUUUUUAUUUCCUUUUAUUCUGUCUGAGCUGUGAAUAUUUUUAACCCUGUAAAUACUGUCCAGCUCUUAUGAAACAUAGGCUAUUUUGUCAAUUGUAAAUCAGAACUGUAAUCCCUGUAUGAUACGAAUUCUCCAUGGGUGGUUUUCAGACUCAGGCUCCAAUGGACCAAAUAAAAAGUUUUGUUUUUUAAUGAA